GAAACUCUAUAUAAAGAUUGGAUGGUUAUUAUAGUUUUGAAACCCACAUAAGCUAAGGCAAAUUAGAGGCAUUAAUUAUAUUAUAUUGCAGGUAAGCAUCCCAGAUGAGAUGGGAAAGAGUAAGGUUCUUGUUGUGGGUGGCACGGGGUACAUUGGGAGGAGAAUAGUGAAGGCCAGCCUAGCCCAAGGGCAUAUAACCCACGUGCUGUUGCGCCGUGAAAUCGGUCUGGACAUCGACAAGUUCCAAAUGUUGUUGUCGUUUAAGGAGCAAGGGGCGAGGCUGGUGGAGGCGUCGUUUGACGACCACCGCAGCCUGGUGGACGCCGUGAAGGAAGUGGACGUGGUUAUAUGUACCAUGUCGGGCGCGCAUAUCCGCAGCCACAACAUUCUCCUGCAGCGAAAGCUUGUUGAGGCUAUCAAAGAAGCCGGCAAUAUUAAGCGUUUCCUUCCAUCGGAAUUCGGCAUGGAUCCUGCAAGAAUGGGGCAUGCACUUGAACCAGGAAGGGUUACAUUUGAUGAGAAGAUGGAGAUCAGAAAGGCAAUAGAAGAAGCUAAUAUUCCCCACACUUACAUUUCUGCUAAUUUCUUUGCUGGCUAUUCUUGUCCCAAUCUCUCUCAACUUGGCACCGUUCUUCCUCCAAAACACAAAGUUUACAUCUAUGGAGAUGGCAAUGCCAAAGUGGUAUACAUGGAUGAAGAUGAUAUUGCAACAUACACAAUCAAGACUAUAGAUGAUCCCCGGGCCUUAAACAAGACAAUAUACCUAAGGCCACAUGAAAACAUCCUUACUCAAAGGGAGUUGGUUGCUACAUGGGAAAAACUCAAUGGAAAACAGCUGGAGAAAAUCUCCCUUUCUGCGGAUGAAUUCUUGGCUUCCAUGAAAGAUAUGGACUAUGCUAAUCAAGUAGGAGUGGCACAUUACUACCACAUUUUCUAUGAGAGUUGUUUAACCAACUUUGACAUUGGAGAGGAUGCGGAAGAAGCUUCUCAACUCUAUCCAGAAGUUCAGUAUACUCGCAUUCAUCAAUACUUGAAACGCUAUGUCUAGCUAUAAUUAAUGUUCAUCACUUAUUCUCAUCUCUAUAAUAUUGUAAUAAUAAUCUUGUACCACUAUUUGCAUUGCAUUCAAUAAAAACUAAACUGAUGUGCCCUUCAUCAUAAGCCUCGAAUUUAUUGAUUUGUUUAA